CCACAUUUUGUGUUUGACAAGCAGACGAAAAUACCUGGCAAGUAAUGUUCGUCGUCGAUACCGUAGCGAUCGCUGGCAAGUGUGAAUUCACGCUCAUCAAUCUAUCCAUGUAGAUUGUAGAUAUUGAUGUUGAUGUUCAUCUUCUCUAGUCAAUUAUCAUUAUUUUAAUUUAUUUGAUCUCAUUUCCUUACCUCUUAAGUCAACGGUGAUUCAGUAUUUCUGUACAAAUGGAGCAGCAUACCAUACAGCAGCCGUUACUUUCAGGAGGUGUAAAUGGAGCACAGAGUGGAAGAUGGAGUUCGUAUGAAUAUUUAGGAAGUACUCCUAGUGCAUUAAUUCCGAAUGCUUCAAUGGGUGUUGGUGCUGAACUCACCGUGGACGAAAUUCGAAGUGUAGCAUCCAAUUCAGAACACCAUUACCCACCUUCUCUUCAUGCCCCAUUGAUUUCUUCUCCGGAUUCUUAUUCUUACGCUGGUGAGCUAGCUCUUGACCAGCGAACUGGAUACGGGGGAGAUUUGGGUGGGGAUGCCAAUAUGUUCCAAAGACAAGUAUUGGAUGAAAUUGAGAUUCGAGAGUUGCUCAUGGAUCAUGUUGGUCAUCGGUGUUGCUGGGGAAGUCGUCCUGCCCGUACAUGGAAGAUACAAAUGGUGGAGGACUGCAACGUAUACAUAGGAACUUUAGAUACUUUUACGGAAGAGAGGGAAGUCAUUACGGAACGUAUUCCUUAUCAAGGUGUCAACAUCGAUGGAAAAGAUAGUGGCCCUGAACCUGGAAUCUGGGAAUUGGAUCUGAGGUCUCAGUUCCCUGUUCUAUUUACACCCCAAAAAGAAACAAGAAUGAAAGUUCCACAUUCAGAAACCAUUGAGAAGUGCCCCGGUUGUGAUGGACGAGGGGAUACUGUGUGCCCAACAUGCAAUGCAAAUCAAGAACCUGGAUUUUACAAAGAAAAUCAGAUGACUCCAUGCACUUCCUGUUUUGGAAGGGGUUUAAUUGCUCAUAGAGACGGGUCUGACACAAUAUGUACGCAGUGCAAUGGUAAGGGGAAGAUUCCUUGUGCUACUUGCAGCUCUAGUGGAUUGAUAAAAUGCAAUAUAUGUCGAGGCAGCGGAUCUAUUCUUGCUCGUAAUAUUGCAAUUGUCAAAUGGAAGACACUUUCGACACGAAAAGUGAGUGCAACAAGAGGAGCUGCCUCGGUCCCUGAUGAUGUCUUCCACAGAGCUAAAGGGGUGCAACUAUGCAAUAUGCAAGCUUAUCAGUGUACUCCUGCCUUUUUUGCUGAUUCCUACUUUCUAAACACUUUCUCUUCUGAAGUAAUUGCAGAUCGUACUCCUGUUCCACCUACUGCAAGGGUUAUUUGUGAGCGACAUACUAUAUCUGUUGUACCAGUGACACGCAUCACCAUGUCACAUUCUUCUCGCUCCUUCAGUUUCUAUAUUAUUGGUUUCAGUAGAGAGGUUUAUCUGAAGGAUCGUUAUCCUGCCCAGUUUUGCUGGGGUCUAUGCCCAUGCUUGGAGUGGCUUAACUUAUAGUUGAGAUUGAGUGUAAUUAAGUCGAAAAAAUGCUUUAUGUCGUUGAAAGCGUUGUCUUAGGUGUGACUUGCAAAAUCAAUGUCGUCUUUAAUAUUGAUAUGUGCCAUAAGUCAUUUUUUGAGCUAGAGGAUCAUUUGUUGUAUCUGUGAAAUCUUUUCUGAAUUAAUAGCAUCUGAUGUUUUUGUAAUUGAACAAUUUUCAUCAUUUUACAAUCGGUUGAUACUGAA